AGUUAGCAUUUACACUAGUGUCACAAGCUAAAUUAAGCCACAAGUAACUCACACAAACGGAACACUAUAAAUUCCAAAAACACACUCUAAACCCUCAUCCAAAAAAUUAGGAAUUAAUAAACCACAAAAUUAGGAAAGAAAUAAAUUGAUAUUAUAUUGCAAUCAUGGACUACACCCGACAACCGUGUCCCAUUAGGAUUGUGGAGGACUGUGGCUGCGCCUACCUAAUGGGCAGCAUUGGCGGAGGACUUUUCCAGUUAAUCAAGGGUAUCCGCAACUCUCCGUCCGGCUUUAUGAACAGAUUCUAUGGUGGCAUAUACACGAUGAAGAUGGGGACACCGCCCAUUGCCAGCAAUUUUGCCAUUUGGGGCCUCACCUUUACCGCAUGCGAAUGCGCCAUAUUCUCGUACCGGAAGCGGGAUGAUUUCUGGAAUUCCGCAUUAAGUGGAGCUGCCGCCGGCGGUAUAAUGGCAGCCCGUAGGGGUAUUCCAGCCAUGAUCCACGGUGCCUUCAUGGGUUUUAUGGUUCUAAGCCUGUUCGAUGGGGCCGGCAUGGUGGUGGGGCGAAUUUAUGCAGACGAUGGCGAGGCAACCGCAACCAAAACCAUCGAUGUCCAGACACAACCGCAACGUCCCCAAUGGGAGCCAAUCGAUUCGAAUCCGAAAUCGAUUCCGGAAAAGUCAGUUUCCCUGACAGGUCACGACUCUACCAUGGAGGGAUUUCAACGGGUGCUGGAAAAGUGCCGGAAAUAUCAACAAGAUGCCAUGGCCGGGGAGAGACGACGAGAGCUACUGGAUCUAAUCAAACUGGCCGAGAUUAUCUAAUCGAUCAUCUUGCAUUUCCAGAAGAGUGUUUUCCAAAUUCAUACGUAUUUUCUUUUCAUAUGCAUCGAAUAGCAAGUAAUUUUGUUAAAAGAAAUCUAUACUUUUUGACUGUCGAAUAAACACCAAUGAUAUUGUACUGUA